AUGGCCGACAACGCUGCCUUAGACCCACCUAUUCAAUAUGAAGAUGCCAUCCUCAGACGCGACAUGCAGAAAACAUGGCAAUCUGCUGUUCCACCGCCAUACUUCGCCGAGCAUAGGGCUCAUCUUAUCAACGCGACAACAUGGUUUCACACCAUCCAGGCUGGGUACUAUGCUACAGUAAGAGGUGACCCUCGCAACAUAGGACCCAAUGGUGAGGAGGAUUCAGGUUUCUGCCUCGGCCUGCUUCUAGGCAAAUAUUUUGUUCCAGGAGCCUAUCUGGAUGCUGAGGUUAUCAUCACCUCCAUCAACACACCUGAUUCAGCUCCUGCAACUACCAGAAGAAGGCUGAAGGAGGUCACUAGGAACAUGGAGGAAAGGAGACCUAUAGGUGUUGUGAUUCAGCAAGGAGCUACAAGCUCUGAGUCUCAUGGGUAUCCAUUGUUCCCAUGCACAAUGACCAAGAAUCAGGACAGCUGGCCACUGGCCUGGUUUGUUCCUACAUUUAUCUGGCCAGAGCCUGCAGAUAAGGGCAAAAAGAUAUGGAUGGUCAGGCUCGAGAAGUGCGAUAUUGAACACCAGAGCUGGUGGGCAGAUCCUGCACAUGGUCAACCGCCAGUAAUUACCUCAAGGGACUACACGACCAAGGCUGAAACGUACAAGUGUGAGACUUGUGACAAAAGCUCACCAAAAAUAUUCGAGCAAGCUUUUGUGUGCCUGAACCCUGAUUGCGAGGAGUGGUGGACUUCAGAAGGGGAUCCCAUACAGCAAGACGCCCUCCAGCUCAAUUGGACCUACAGCGCCAGCUUCUUAAAGGAACGCUGGGACAGACUAUCGGUUAACAUCCAAGGCCUGGAACCUUGCUACCCCCUCUUAUAUCCUACUGCAACGGCGUUCAGAAGGGCCAACUAUGACGACCUGAUGGUAGAUUUGCAAAGACAACCCAUCGACCAGGACAAGAUUGUGGCUCUGUGUCACGGGCUAAUGCGGGGCUUUGCAUGUCCCCAGUGCGGCAUGCUCAAUACUCGCGUCCGUUGGCACGAGUGGCACUGUCGCAACGAUCAAUGCACAUUUACGAUCAGAGCCUCCCCACCUGCUCUCACACCUGAGUUCCUGGACGGGUGUACGAAAAUUGAAAAGGCCAAAAGAAAAUGGGCUGGCUUUGACUACACCCGACUCCCUGGAUAUCAACAAGGCCCUUCACUUCAAGACUUCACGGUCCACCAGUACACGCUUGCUCCGGGCUGCAGCAUCAGUAUCCUCAGGGCCAAGCCCACCGCCAUGGCUGUGGCCAACGAGUACUUCACCAGGAUGCUGGCUCUGGCAAACCUCGGACGGCUCAACCUCGAGCGGCGCAUGCUCAACACCCCAGCCGGCAUGGUGCACACAAAUCACUUCAACAGCAACUUUGGCGCCCGGUACAUCUUUGGCGUUCUGCUUGGGACGACCCGCUUCGAGCAUGGGCCACCCGAGGUGAAAGCGGCCGUCGACAAGAUGAACGACUGGCUGGGGCCCUACUUUUUAGAAGGCACCGGCGACUUCAACCAGCUGUACUUUGCAUGCUACCUUGCCGACAUGGCCAUGUCCAUGCACGACGACGGCGAGAGCGGACUGGGUCCCAACGUGGCCACCUGGACCCUCGGCGGACGCGGAACCUUCUCGGUCGCCAUCAAGCCGGUGUGGGACUAUGGACGGAAACUGACGGCCAGGAGCCACCAGGAGAAGGCCGGGGAUACCUGGAUCGACGAGGACCCGCUGAUCCAGGGCUGCACAGAGUACGCAUACCGCAAGGAGAUCUGGGAGCGGCGCGAGGCUGGCGAGAUUGACCACCAGGAGUGGAAGCGACUGUUCAGGGCCAGAAUGGAGCAGAAGCGAGGUGCGCACCGCAUCCUCCUAAAGUUUCCCGUUGAUCAUGGGGACAUUGUGCUCAUGCAUGGAGAACAUACGCAGCGAUACCUGGACCACGCAGCCACUGUGGAUAAAACCAUGCCUAUGCGACUGGCCCUGACAUUUCGCACAGUGGAGAGGGCGAUGGCGACGGAGGACAAGAUAGCCGAGCAGGACCGGAAGAUAGAGACGAAUAAGUCCUACAAACGAGACAGGGAAGAGGAUUCUCCUGAGCAGCCUGCUAAGAAGAGACGCAGGGCUGGGAAGACGUGA